AUUAAAGAAAAAGAACCAAGUUUGGUUGGAAACAACGAACAGUGGCAUCCGUGGCGACAGCUGAUUACACAGUUUGUGAAAACGUAAACAUAAUCCACCUGCGGGCCAUUUUUAGGCACCGAGACUUUUGAGAAUUAUAGAAAAUACAGGAAUUUUUAGAGCAAAUUUGUUUAAAUGAAGGCCAUUGUGCAGAGAGUAACUGCCGCAAAGGUAACCGUUGGCGACGAGCUGAUUAGCUCGAUUGGACGUGGCCUAUGCGUGCUUGUGGGUAUAACGCACUCGGACACGGAAAAGGAUGUGGAAUAUCUCGUCCGCAAGCUCGUCGCCCUACGUCUUUUUGAAGAUACAGCAGGUAAACGUUGGCAGAAAAGCAUCAAAGAUGAGCAACUGGAAAUAUUGUGCGUCUCGCAAUUCACACUCUAUCACCGUCUUAAAGGGAAUAAACCUGAUUUUCAUUUGGCCAUGCAAGGCGACACUGCGCAAAACUUAUAUAACUCGUUUCUAAAACGGUUGGAAAAACACUAUGAUGCGACGAAAAUAAAAGAUGGCAAAUUUGGCGCAUACAUGCAAGUACACAUUCAAAAUGAUGGGCCUGUCACCAUUGAACUGGAGUCACCAAUUGAGAACGCAAAAGCUAAUAAGCAGCUUCAAACCAAAUUGAAAAGUUCUGCCGCAGAGAAUAAUACUGAGGUUGAUAAAUAAAGCCAAAUUUUUUUUUAAUGUCAA